AUUUCCCUGAGCAGCAGCAAAUAUGGCUAUACUCAUUAAUUAUCUGAUUAUUUGUACUAAGUUCCUGCUUUAUUUGAAACUAGCAUAUUGUAUGGAAGUAGACUUCUGCAUACCUGUUCGUGUGGAUCAUCAAAAGCAUGAAAAGCAUCUGCACAGGCGCGCAGAGCAGAUAAAUGAAAGACAGAUGGUUUUUAGACUAAGUGCAUUCAAACAGGAAUUGUACCUCCACCUCACGCCGGAUUCUAGUUUCCUUGCAUCGGGCAUCUUACCGCCUGAGACAGGCUCCUCAGCAUCCAAUGCCUCUGCUGCCGCUGACUUACGGGAAUGCUUCUUUUCUGGUAAUGUCAAUGCAGACCCGGACUCCUUCGCCGCGGUCAGCCUGUGUAAAGGUCUCCAUGGAGGGUUCUCCUACAACGGCAUGGAGUAUUUCAUCAACCAGAGCAGGACUGAAGACGCAGCACCCGAGUUUGGAUAUGGAAACUCUUUCGACAGGAUGCAUGUCAUCCGCCGGAGACGCGCUGCGCACUCAGGCAGCAACUUCACCAGCAGGUGUGCAGUUACACCUGACGCCAAUUUCAACAUUUCCCUGGAGAAAUACAAGCAUAUGGGCCAACUGGAGAUUGAUGGCUUAACUGAAACUGUGUUGAAAACCUUGGGGAGGUCUAAGAGGUUUGCCUCCAUCCCCAGGUUUGUGGAGGUGCUGGUGGUGGCAGAUGAAUCUAUGGCUAAAUUUCACGGGGAUGACCUGAAGCAUUACCUUCUGACCCUGAUGUCAGUAGCAGCCAGGCUUUACAAGCACCCCAGCAUUCUAAACUCCAUAAACAUAGUGGUGGUGGGCUUCAUGGUGAUAAAUGAAGCUGACAAGGGACCGAAGGUUUCCAGUAACGCAGCCCUGACUCUGCGCAACUUCUGCUCCUGGCAGAAGAAGUUGAAUAAACACAACGACAAGCACGCAGAGUACUGGGACACUGCCAUACUGUUCACCAAACAGGAUCUUUGUGGGGCCACAACCUGCGAUACACUGGGCAUGGCUGACGUUGGGACCAUGUGUGACCCGAAGAGGAGCUGCUCAGUUAUUGAAGAUGAUGGUUUGCCCUCCGCUUUUACAACUGCCCAUGAACUCGGCCACGUCUUCAACAUGCCCCACGACAAUGUGAAGGCAUGUGAGGAGGUAUUUGGGAAACUAAAGGACAACCACAUGAUGUCUCCCACACUGAUUCAGAUCGACAGGAGCAGGCCCUGGUCUGUGUGCAGUGCUGCCAUCAUUACUGAGUUCCUGGACAGAGGUCAUGGAGACUGCCUGCUGGACCAGCCUCAGAAGCAGCUGUCUCUGUCAGACAACCUGCCUGGUUCCAGCUACAGCCUGCACCGCCAGUGUGAGCUUGCCUUUGGCCCCGGCUCUAAGCCCUGCCCAUACAUGCAGCCCUGCUCCAAGCUGUGGUGCACCGGGAAGGCCCGCGGCCAGCUGGUCUGCCAAACUCGACACUUCCCCUGGGCCGACGGCACCAGCUGUGGCAACGGCAAGGUCUGCUACCGAGGAGCCUGCACCGAUAAGAACAACACCGUGCACAUCAAGGUGGAUGGCCGGUGGGGGAAGUGGGGAGCAUUUGGAGGUUGUUCCCGAAGCUGUGGUGGAGGAGUUCAGCUGGCCAAGAGGGAGUGUAACAACCCUGUUCCUGAGAACGGAGGCAAAUACUGCUACGGUCUUCGCAUCAAAUAUCGCUCCUGUAACCUCAACUCUUGUCCUGAAACAGGUAAGAGUUUCCGUGAGGAGCAGUGUGAGGCAUUCAACGGCUUAAACCUGAACACCAACAGACUGGGAUCCUCUGUGGUUUGGGUUCCUAAAUAUUCAGGCAUCUCUCCCAAAGACAAAUGCAAGCUUAUCUGCCGCGCCAACGGGACUGGGUACUUCUACGUCCUCGCCCCAAAGGUGGUGGAUGGGACGCCCUGCUCUCCUGACACCUCAGCUGUAUGUGUUCAAGGAAAAUGCAUCAAGGCAGGCUGUGACGGCAAGCUGGACUCUAACAGAAAGUUUGACAAGUGCGGCGUCUGCGGUGGCGACAACCAGGGCUGCAAGAAGGUCUCGGGAAUGUUCACCAAACCUAUUCAUGGCUACAACUUUGUGGUGAUGCUGCCUGUUGGAGCUUCCAACAUUGACGUCCGUCAGCGCGGCUACCGAGGAAUAGUCAGUGAUGAAAACUACUUAGCGGUGAAGAAUCGGCACGGCAAGUACCUGCUGAACGGCAACUACGUGGUGUCAGCCGUGGAGCGCGACUUGCUGGUGAAGGGCAGCCUCCUGCGCUACAGCGGCACCUCUACAUCUGUGGAGAUUCUUCAGGCCAUCAGGCCCCUGCAGGAGCCUCUGACUGUGGAGGUGCUCUCCGUAGGGAAGAUGACUCCGCCCAGGGUGCGCUACUCCUUCUACAUCGCCAAGGAGAGCAAGGAGGAGAAGACUCUGCGGAAAGAGGAGAGGAGCCACACAGCACAUAAUAGUGUCUUGGCGGACAGUAAUAGGGUAGAAGCGAAGAAGAAGAUGAUGGGUAAGAGGCCCGUCAGUCACUGGGUGACAGGAAGUUGGGAUUCCUGCACGGUGACUUGUGGGAAUGGUCUGCAGAAGAGGCUGGUGCAGUGCCAGAGCAUGGAGGGGCGUCCUGCAGUGGACUGUGACAGUACUGACAGGCCUGUAGCAGUGAGAGCAUGUGGGGAUCCAUGUCCCCUGUGGGAUGUAGGGGCCUGGUCUCACUGCUCCAAGUCCUGUGGAAGGGGCUUUAAAAGGCGGCCAGUGCGCUGCAUGACGGAGACUGGCUUGAACCUACCAAGAGACCACUGCUCUGGAAGGAGGAAGCCUCAGGAACUGGACCUCUGCAAUCUGAAGCCAUGUUAAAGCAGAUCAGACACAGCUCAAGGACUUAUUUCUGUCAGUCAAAGUGAAAAUUUGACAUGAACUUUAGGCCCCAAUCAGCAUAAUGAUGAUCCCAUCGCUGUGUUGGGUGGAAAUACUCUCAAAUACAGCCUGACUGUGUUUGAAGGAGGGUCUGUAACACACUAAAAAAGCCAAUGGAGACAUGGAGGGCCUCCCUCUAUUGUUUGAAAAGACGGACAUCUGUUUAGAUAAGAGACAAGAAGGAGAGCUGUCUUUUUGUAAACUGUCAAACCAUCUUCCUCAGGUUUGACUUGUGGUUUGUCUACCUCUACCAGGAAAGAUGACACAAUGCCUGAGCAUAUUCAGAGAGCAACAGGGAGAAAGAUGCAGAGACGUCAUUUCAUGGUAUAGUUAUGUGCAUGGGAUGAAAUUUAAAAAGCAGAGAGAAAUUAAAGUCCAGGACAAGCAGAUAAAGCAUGGUGAGGUAUAAACUCAGCACUCACACUGUGCAGUUACCAGAGGCUGAUAUCUCACCUGUGAAUUGACAUUUUUCUCAUUUCACUGACGAAAAACUCUAAAUGUGAAACACAGUACUGUAUCAUCCAUGCAACACCCAAGACAUUAUUUUUCUCGAUCCAGUGCUAUUAGCUGUUGUCUGAUGUGGAAUAAUUAAAGCAACAGCAAAUAAAAUGGUCACUCAGUGUUAAAUCAUAGUUUUACAAGCUUAAAAAUAAAAAACUCAACAUCAUAUCCUACACACUUGAUACAAUAUUCAUGAAUUAGAAAAAUAUCAAAGAAUUCCUACAUUUUACUUGUGACCAAAAAUAACUAUUUUUAUAAGAGGAAAAUUAGUUUAGAGCUUAGAUGUUAGCAUAUUCUAUCCAGUGAAUGUAAAUGUAUGUAUGGUGCGAUCAUAAUGUGUCCGUAGUGUGUAAACCAAACCGACCAAUGCUCAACUGUUUGUUCUAUGUUGCCAAAGAAUUAUAACCCUCAAAAAGCCUUAGUACAGUGAGAGACACCUCUCUGAUUGAACCUGUGUUCUCUGCUACAUAUCUGUUACCUGUGUUCUCCUUGGAGAAAAAAAAGCAAAAACCAAAAGGGAGAAAUUUAUAUUUUCUUGGUUUCAUGAUGUUGCCUGAUUUUACAUAAAUUCAACACAAUCCCACAAGAUCAAAUCAAUCUUGCAAUCAGUAACAUUAGUGUACUAUAACAGGCAAGACUCUGAACAAUCAGUCUUCUUCUUAUCUAACUUGCAAACAUGGACAAACGUCUUGUCCCGCAUCAUUCACCGAAGAAAAGUGCAUCAGUUUGCAGGCUAAUUAGCUCCUCAGCAGCAGCACAUUAAACAGCAUGUAAACAUACCUGUGAAUGUCUCCUUCGUAAUGGUAAAUGGUAAAUGGCGCUUUUCUAGACGCUUAGCAGUAUCCUUGAGCAAGAUACUGAACCCCAAAUUGCUCCUGAUGCUGUGUUCACCGGUGUGUGAAUGAAUACCCAAUGGUGGCAAGUAGCACCGUUUAGGGUAGCCUCUGCCACCUGUAUGAAUGUGUAUGUGAAUGGGUGAAUGAGGGCAGUCUGUAGUGUAAAGCGAUUUGAGUGGUCGCAAAGCGACUAGAA